UAAAGAGAGACACUCAAGACAGUCAAGCCCUAUUUCACAAUGCGUUUUGUCAACAAUGGAACUUUCGGCUAGCAUGGUUGUUCCCCCCGCCAAACUUGAUUCCUCUGGUAUUGCAGCACUUAAACGAGGCUCAGGGCCUUUACAUAUUGAUAGCCCCACAAUGGACGAGAUCCUUCUGGAUAGCCGACAUCCAGCGCAGAGCAAUACAAGCCCCGUUUCGCAUUGCAAAUCUUCACAGAGUACUGGUAGACACAAGGACGUGGAUGCAUCCACCUCGAAUACAAGAAAUCCAGUUGGAAGCGUGGCUGAUUUUGGGUGGUCAGAGGUAAUCGAGGAUUGGUCAGAAGAAGAUAAAGCCUUAUUGCUAUCCAGUUGGCGAAAAUCAACUCUUAACACUUAUGCGCCAGCAUGGAGAAAAUGGAAAGAAUGGUGUGCUAAGGGUUCAACAAAUUUUAAAUUUCCUUCUCCUACAGAGGUGGCACGAUACUUAGCUUACCUCCACAAUGUAGAAGGACUGGCCUAUAGAACUAUACUUGUUCAUAAAUCCGUGAUUUCAAUUUUUACCAAUAUCACCAAUAACGUUGAUUUAUCUUCAAAUUUCUUUAUUAAGCAUAUACUAAAAGCAAUUUCGGUAUCACGAGUAAAAUCUUUAAAACCCCCUAUUUGGGAUCCUAAAAUUCUUACAAGUCAUUUAUCUAAAGUCAAUCCUAAUGAAAAUAAUAUGUUUGAAGUUUCUAAACGAACUGCAAUCUUGUUAUUAUUGUCGUCCGGCAGAAGAGUCCAUGAUCUCACCUUGCUGCAUAUAGGCUCAGGAAACUUUAUAGAUAAAGGUGAUUCAGUCUUGCUUUGGCCAGUAUUCGGCUCGAAAACUGAUAAGGCUGAUCACAGACAGUCCGGGUGGAAAAUGCUUAAGAAUACCAACCAAAAGAUCUGCUGUGUGUACUGGAUUAGACGUCUGAUACAGGUAUCACAGGAACGCCGUGAGAAAGGCAACUACAGUCAUUUAUUUAUUACAACCAGGGGUAGUCCACGACCUGCUACGAGGACAAUAAUAGGGGGCUGGGUAAAAUCAGCACCUAAAGAUGCAGGAAUUAACGCCCCACCUGGUUCAGUUCGUUCGGCAGUUGGAUCCUUAAACUGGUUAGAAAAUUUUAGCAUCGAUCAGAUUCUGUCCACGGGAAAUUGGAAAUCAGAACACACAUUUCGGAAGUACUAUCAGAAACAAAUCAUUUCUAAUGUUAAUAAUCAGGAGUCCCUUUCCUUAUCUAAUUAUUUUAAUGCUGUCAAAUAG